AUGCUCGCGGCUUGGGCUACGCUGUCGUUUUGCGCGCUCGCUGUGCCCGCUGCAGCUGCUGCUAAUGCCUCUAUGGCUGCGAAUGCGUCGGCGACUUCCUCCGCCCUGUAUCCUGUCGACACUGUCAACUCCACAUGCGGCACCGACGCUGGCUUUAUUCAAUAUGGCCAAUGCGGAGGAACCCCCGAGUUCUGCGACCUGACACAGAACUGUCAGCCGGAGUUUGGAAGGUGUUCUCGACCGAAUGCCACGCUUGGCAACCCGGCCUGCUCGUGGGCGGGAGUAGGCACUAGCCCGCGCUGCGACGGAAGAUGCGGGAAAGAGUUCAAUAAUUCCGUUUGCAGCUCUAACGUCAGUGCGGACGCGUUUGCCAUGUACGGCGUCUACAACUACGGCGCUUGCUGUAGUUCGGGCGGGUUCUGCGGUGGUACUUCCGAGCACUGCGAGGCCGCCCAAGGAUGCCAAAACGGGUGUCGCGGAGCUGCAGCCUCAGCGUCAAAAGCCAGUGCCGCGACGACCGUCACGGUCGUGUCAACCGCAUCGGCAGCCAGCAGCACCGCGACUUCUAGCGGCCUGGCCGACCAUUCUGCCAACGAGAGUUUCGGCGGUUUCCUUGCUCUUGUCGUCUCGAUAGCUGGCGCUCUUUUCGUGCUCUGA